AUGCUUUCUGAGUCUACCUCAGAACUUCCUGAAUCCACAGACAUGAAACACAAUCCCUUCAGUUCUCUCUUCUCUUUUGAUGGCCUCAGAGAAUUUGUUCGUCAGCUGAGAGACAAACUGGAGGAUUACAGCAAAGAGGAGAUCAGAAAGAUCUCAGACAGAGUCACAUUCACCAACAUUGUUCCCAGGACCAGGAAUGACUUCCUACAGUAUUCCCAUCAGUUCACUCUGGAUCCAAACAUAGUGAAUAAAAACCUCUGUCUGUCUGAGAGCAACAGAGAGAUUACUUACACUGACACAGAACAGCCGUAUCCUGAUCAUCCAGACAGAUUUGAUGAUGUGUCUCAGGUGUUGUGUAGAGAGAGUGUGUGUGGACGCUGUUACUGGGAGAUUGAGUGGAGUGGAGAUAGUGCUGUGUUAAUAACAGUCUCAUAUAAGAGCAUCAGCAGGAAGGGACGGAGUAAAGAGUGUGUGUUUGGAUGUAAUGAUCAGUCCUGGAGUUUGUUCUGCACUCGCUCCAGUUGUUCAUUCCUACACAAUAAUAUAGGGACUGAUUUCCCUGUAGAGUCCAUCAUCAGUAGAAUAGGAGUGUUUGUGGAUCACAGUGCAGGAACUCUGUCCUUCUACAGCGUCUCUGACACAAUGAGCCUCAUCCACACAGUCCAGACCACAUUCACUCAGCCCCUCUAUCCUGGGUUUAGAGUUUAUUAUGAAUCAUCAGUGAAACUGUGUUGAUGAA